GGUUCACGAUUCUGUUAGGCAGUCGCGUCUGAAGCCGGAUUUGUCGCCCUUACAAAUUACGAACCCCUCCGACAUGGCUAACUACCACAAACCCGAAUCGAAGACCAUUCAGGAGUUGCGAGACAUCGCCAACAAGUUGCGAAUCCACUCAAUUUCGUCCACGAGUGCCUCGAAGUCAGGCCAUCCGACAUCAUGCGCCUCCAUCGCCGAGCUCAUGUCUGUGCUCUUCUUCCACACGAUGCGCUACAAGGUGUCUGCACCCAAGGACGCGUCCAGCGAUCGCUUCGUGCUGUCCAAGGGACACGCAGCUCCUAUCCUCUAUGCUGCUUGGGCUGAGGCUGGACUCUUCCCUGUGGCUGAUCUACAGAACCUGAGGAAGAUCGACAGCGACCUGGAAGGUCACCCCACCCCUCGUCUCAACUUCAUCGAUGUGGGCACUGGCUCUCUUGGACAGGGCCUGUCUGUGGCCGCUGGAAUGGCAUACGUCGGAAAGUACUUUGACAAGGCGUCGUACAGGACCUACUGUCUUCUUGGCGAUGGCGAGAGUGCUGAGGGCUCUGUGUGGGAGGCUCUGCACUUUGCCAGCUACUACAAGCUGGACAACCUGUGCGUCAUCUUUGACGUGAACCGCCUGGGCCAGUCUGAGCCAACUUCUCUGCAGCACGACAUGGAAGUCUACCGCAAGAGGCUGGACGCCUUCGGCUUCAACGCACUUGUCGUUGAUGGCCACGACGUUGAAGAGUUGACCAAGGCUUUCCAUGAGGCGUCAGUCACCAAGGGCAAACCGACUGCCAUCAUCGCCAAGACAUUCAAGGGCAGGAACUUCCCCAAAGUGGAGGAUGAAGAGAACUGGCAUGGAAAGCCCCUUGGAGACAAGGCUGAGGCUACCAUUGAGCACUUGAAAUCUCUGAUCAAGAACGCUGGGCCACUGCAGCUGCACCCGCAAAAGCCCCUUGUUGAAGACGCACCUGCUACCGACAUUAGCAACAUCCAGCUCUCCUCCCCGCCCAACUACAAGCUGGGCCAGAAGGUAGCCACCAGGGAGUCGUACGGCGUGGCUCUGACCAAGAUUGCAGAGAAUAAUAAGCAUGUGAUCGCCCUUGACGGUGACACUAAGAACUCCACCUACUCGGAAAAGAUCAAGAAGGUCUCCGCCGAUCGCUACGUUGAAUGCUUCAUUGCUGAGCAAAACCUUGCGGGAGUGGCCAUUGGUGCCGCCUGCAGAGGCAGGACAGUUCCUUUUGUCUCUACUUUUGCCGCUUUCUUCACCAGAGCCUUUGAUCAGAUCCGAAUGGGAGCCAUCUCCCAGACGAACGUCAACUUUGCUGGCUCGCACUGUGGCGUCUCCAUCGGUGAGGAUGGUCCCAGUCAGAUGGGGCUUGAGGAUAUUGCCAUGUUCCGCACUAUUCCUGGAGCCACCGUGUUUUACCCCUCUGACGCAGUGAGCUGCGAGCGAGCCAUUGAGCUCUCUGCUAAUACUAAGGGCGUGUGCUUCAUCCGCACUUCUCGACCAGCCACUGCCGUUAUCUACCCCAAUGACACCAUCUUCCAGAUCGGCAGAGCCCACGUGGUGAAGAAGUCAAGCAAGGACACCGUGCUGCUUGUUGGUGCUGGAGUGACCUUGCACGAGGCUCUGAGCGCUGCAGAGACCCUCGAGAAGAGCGGUGUGCACGCGCGCGUGCUGGAUCUGUUCACUGUCAAGCCCAUUGACCAGGCUGCACUUGUGCAGAACGCCAAAGAAUGCGGCGGACGUGUGGUCACAGUCGAGGACCACUACCCCGAGGGUGGGAUUGGCGAGGCGGUGCUCACUGCGCUGGCUGAUGAGGCGGUCAAGGUGAAGGUGCUGGCAGUUCGGGAGGUACCGCGCUCGGGACCACCAGCGGUCCUCAUUGAAAAGUUCGGCAUCGGCGCCAACAGCAUCGUCGGGGCGGUCAAGGAGAUCACCGCUUAAGCAUAACUUCGCAGAUUCAACAAAUCAUUCCAUAGUUGCUUGUGGUCAUUCCAUUCUCUCUGAAGACUAUGUUCACAAAAUGCAUUUAUCACCGCGGCACAAAUUUUAUUUCUAAUGAUCAGAGAAUAAAUCAAUUAUAUUUACUGUCAAAUUUUUAAAUGCGGAAAUCCUGCCAUCAUGGUUGUUCAGCGCAAAGUUUUAUUGAAAAUAAUAAAGAGAGAUUUAUUUACUAA